GCCCAUCCCAAGAUGGCGGAGAUCCCCCUGUACUUUGUGGACUUGCAGGAUGACUUAGACGAUUACAUUUCUUGAGCACCUCCUCGUUUUGGGGCAGAUCAUGUGUGGAGUCCAUGUAUUGUAGAUAAAUGAACCAGAAUCAGCGCUACCUCUCAGGGAGCUCACAGUCCAGGGGGAGAGCAGACUUGUAAACAGAACAUUUCCAGAUUCCAGGAAGCUUGCUGGCGAAGGAGGUCCAGUUUGACGAGCUGAGCUUUUCACUCGCACAGCCUUGGCUUUGUGGAAUAAGCCUUGCCCAGUGGCUCGUGGCUCGUUUUUCCUGUUGGUGUGUUGGAUGUACCUGUUUCCUCCUAGCAGGACGAGGGUGAAGAGGAACAAAAGAGCCAGAGCGGUAUGGAUUUGAAGACUAUGGUCCAGAUUGUGACAGCAUGAGGGUGACAACCUUCUUGGACAUCCCAGGCCACGAUAACCUGCCCCCGCUCGCUCGCCUGGAAAAGUAUGCUUUCAGCGACAACGUCUUCAACCGUCAGAUCAUCGCCAGAGGGCUACUUGACAUCUUCCGGGACUUCGGUAAUGAUGAAGAAGACUUCUUAACGGUCAUGGCGAUCGUGGUCAGACUGUCAGAAGAUGCAGAGCCCACAGUGCGGACCGAGCUGAUGGAACAGAUUCCUCCUAUCGCCAUUUUUUUACAGGAAAACAGAUCAAACUCGCUAGCGGUGCUCUCCGAAUAUCUCAUCCCUAUCGUGGUGCGGUACCUCACAGAUCCAAACAACCAGGUUAGAAAAUCAAGUCAGGAAGUACUCUUGAUUCUUCUGGAACAAGAUCUGAUUUUCCAGCAUGACAUUGAAAACAAAGUAUGUCCGAUCCUGCUGGCGCUCUCUGGCCCAGACAGCGACAACGAAUAUAAAGCAGAAGCCGUGAACAUCAUCUGCAAACUGGCAUCCGUGCUAAGCAAGAGCACAGUGGAACGCCUGCUGCUCCCUCGAUUCUGUGAAUUGUGUGGUGACGGGAAGCUCUUUCUAGUUCGGAAGGUCUGUGCUACAAAUUUUGGUGAUGUUUGCCACGCCGUUGGACAGGAAGCCACUGAGAAAUUUUUGAUCCCAAAGUUUUUUGAGCUUUGCUCGGAUAACGUCUGGGGGAUGCGGAAAGCCUGUGCAGAGUGCUUCAUGGCGGUGUCCUACAACACGUCCCCUGAGGUCCGCAGAAGCAAGCUCUCCCCGCUCUUCAUCAGACUGGUCAGCGACCCCUGUCGGUGGGUGCGCCAGGCUGCCUUCCAGUCCUUGGGACCUUUCAUUUCCACCUUUGCAAACCCCUCCCGGGCUGGCCUCUACAUUCGAGAAGACGGCACCUUGAGCAUCCGGCCUCUGGCUCAGGGCGCCAAGUCUGAUUCCACCUGCGGGUCACCCGGUGCCGGCAGCUGUGGUGACACUCCCUCAGCCCGCUCACCAAAGCCGGUGCAGAUAGAGCCGGCUCUGCCCGGGGACGCCAGCAGUUUCCCGUGUGUCAGGAGCUCCUGUCAUGGCCCAACGGAAAACUCAAUGGAAGCCCCUGCGUCGGCCGGGACUGAGUUGGCCGGGCUUUCCCCAGAGGCCGGGGAUAUUAACAACCUCCCCAUCAACAGCCACCCUGGACCCGGAUCCCGGGCCUGCGCAGGGAGUCCUGAGGACAGAUUCAGUAACUUCCUUUAUUGGCGAACUCCUCUCCCUGACAUCAGCAAGGACUUAGAGCUGCUUCUGAGUGAGGCCGGGCUACAGGAGGAAGCCUGCGGCCGACCUGAGACCAUGCACAACAGCUGUGUGGCCCGCAGCGAGAUUCAAAAAGUCCUCGACAGUUUGCAGGAGCAUCUGAUGAGCGACCCGGAUGUUCGAGCUCAAGUCCAGGUCUUAUCUGCUGCCCUGAGGGCCGUGCAGCUUGACUCUGUGAAUGAGCCUGAGCACAAGCCGACAGAGGGUGUGAGCGAGGCGCCCAUGUCAGCCCGCAGCCCUGCCUGUGACAGCCAGCCAGCUCUGUCAGCCGCGUCGCCACCCAGUGAGCUCUCCGUGGCCGGGGUACCUCAAAGCACAAAUCCAGGCGAACCCUGCGAGGGAACCAGUGACCGACCAGAGACCCAGAGGAGGCAGGACCCUAUCCCACUCGAGGAGAAUAAAUCUAAAUUACAGGAUAUAAUACCUCAGCCCCUGCUAGAUGAGUACGUGUCGAUGACCGACCCAGCUCGAGCCCAGACCGUCGAUACUGACAUAGCCAAGCACUGUGCUUACAGCCUCCCGGGGGUGGCGCUCACCCUGGGCAGGCAAAAUUGGCACUGCCUGAAGGAUACUUAUGAAACACUGGCUUCUGACAUGCAGUGGAAGGUACGUCGGACCCUAGCCUUCUCCAUUCAUGAGCUGGCUGUGAUUCUUGGGGACCAGCUAACGGCAGCUGACCUGGUGCCCAUCUUCAAUGGAUUUUUAAAAGACCUGGAUGAAGUACGAAUAGGAGUUCUUAAACACCUGUAUGAUUUCCUAAAGUUGCUUCAUGAAGACAAGAGGAGAGAAUAUCUUUAUCAGCUUCAAGAAUUUGUAGUGACCGAUAACAGCAGGAAUUGGAGGUUUCGAUAUGAACUAGCAGAACAGCUGAUACUGAUUUUGGAGCUGUACAGUCCCAGUGAUGUUUAUGAUUAUUUGAUGCACAUUGCCUUAAAAUUGUGUGCAGACCGAGUCUCGGAAGUUCGAUGGGUCUCCUUCAAACUAGUCGUGGCGAUCCUGCAGAAGCUCUAUUCGAGCAGUGAAAGCACACUGGGGUUAAAGUUCAUCAACGAGCUUGUAGUGCGGUUCCGGCACUGUCCCAAGUGGGUCGGAAGGCAAGCUUUCGCUGUCAUCUGUCAGGCGGUGGUGAGUGCCGAGUGUGUCCCCGUGGACCAGUUUGUGGAACACUUACUCCCCAGCCUGUUAAGCCUCGCGUCGGACCCUGUGCCCAACGUCAGGGUUUUGCUGGCCAAGGCUCUAAGGCAGACGCUGUUGGAAAAGGCGUACUUUAGAAAUGCCGGCCACCCUCAUCUUGAAGUCGUUGAAGAGACUGUCUUAGCUUUGCAGUCAGACCAGGACCAGGACGUCUCCUUUUUUGCCACCCAAGAACCAAAGCGGCAGAAUCUUAUAGACACUACCACGCUGGAGAAACAGAAUUAACCCCUGUGGUCACUCACAACCUGGUCCUUUCCUGCUUGGCACAUACCCCGCCCCAUAAUCCUACCUGUUGAGCGAGGGCAGGGUCCUCAAACUUUGAUACCAUGCACUCAAAUGACCCCUUUCCCACCUGCGGUCACUGGGACUGCACCUGGGACGGGAGCUAGUUCCUGGGGGCCCGGCCUCCACCGUGCUUCCUCGUCUUACCUGCCUCAGGUGGAAUCUGAAAAGGUUGCAGACCCAGGUGACUGACCGGGUGUGGGGGCCUCCGUAGCAUCAGAUUACCUGCGAGUAGUCUGUUUUCUCUAUUACAGGCUGUAGUAUUGAAAGCCUCCCCCACUCCCCCAAAAUAGUUUAUCAGAAGUUUUUCAGUCUUUAAAAGAUGUGCACGUUCAGCUUCCCUUAUGCUUUCCUAUAAAAUAUAGUUUAUGGCAUUAUAUUUUAUUUUUAACUGAAAUACUGUACAUAUGUGAAUAACUCGUGACAGGAAGAAAAAAUAUUAAUGUAAUAUUAGCCUCCUAUCAGUGAACAGAACAAAUACGUCAUUUAAAUUUAUGCGCCACUUUGAGUUUCUGCAAAUAUAGCCCAAUUUGUUUACUUUAAAAAAAUGUGAUAAAGAAAUCUACUAAAGAAUGAUUUAUGGCAAUCUUUCUAAUGUACGUUUGUUACAAACUACUUGGACCUUUUCCUCAAGCCCUCGCCCCCUCCCCUUCUUGCAAGAACUGUAGCCAGAAAGAUAUGUAUUGGCCUUUGAGAGAGGCUUAAAGCAGAAAGAUUUUUCGUCCUUAUGUGGAUAUAUUAUCAUUAGCUUAAGAACUCGGGAGGGAAAUUGCUCCUUGAGAUGCAUGGAUAUUGACUUUAUAUCUAAUGCUGUAGAAUCUUAACAAAAAAUAGGAAACCCUAGUCCUGAUCAGUCCAUAUACUUGCCCACAAAUACCAGUGAUUCAGAGUAUUAAAUUAUGAUACUCUUCAAAAUGACUUAAGUAUACAGAACUUAAAUUUCAUGCUUUUAAACUUUAGACUAAGAGCAAGAUGCUCUAGAAUUUAAACGGGUUUUUCAUUAAUUCAAGGUUCUAUAUACAUUGACUAAAUUCUGCAUACGUGUCUGCUCAUGUUAUUUUUCUUGUUUCUGUGUUUAUCUUGUCAAAGGUAGGCAUAAGGGAAGGAGGGAAUGGCCCUCUGGGAUCCCAGAGCAGCUGCCAAGGGCACGUCAGCCGUUUCAUUCUUCCCUUGGAUCUUUUUCUUGUCUGUCUUUUCUUUCUUUUGGUUUAAAUAAAAUUUCUGGAGCUACA